UUUAACAUAUUGAGUUGUAUGUUCGAAAAGCAGUAUUCAAUUAUAUUACAGCUUUUUUUAACCGUAAUAUUUUUGUUUUUAACUGUUUGAACAUACGGAUUGUAUGAGAAAUGUAAAGGGACAUCAUGCUAAUUCAACAGUUAAUACUGAAACGAGGAUUUCCCGUUUCAAGUAGGGUAUGCAUCUACUUAAGAUACCUUUCUCACUCGGUAACUAAGGAAGACACCGAUUUAAUCAGUCAUUUGGAUUUGAGGUUAUCACCCCAUAUAAAACGACAGCCACAAAGAGAGCCAUUUGUAAAGAAUUUUAUGUUGGGAAAAUUUGAUACGGAACUCUUGGCUUAUCCUGAGGUUACUUCCGAUAGCAGAUUUAAAGAAUUUAAUGAAUGGCUGAAAAUGAUCCAGGACUUUAUCAAUUCAUAUUUUACCGAAGAGCAAAAGAAUGGUACGGCACCAUUUCCCAGUGACAUGCUAGAGCGCUUAAAGGAAUUAGGUUUAUUUAGAGCUAAAAUAAGCGAAGAAUAUAAUGGUCUGAAUCUGUGUGAAACGGAAUGUACACAAUUGGCGGAAACGCUUAGUUCGGUAUCAUCCUUGGGUAAUUACUUUGUAAAGCACAUAAUAUCACCAGUUUAUCUGAUUUCCAAAUAUGGUACCGAAGAACAAAAGAAAGAAUAUUUGCCAAGGAUAGCAAUUGGUGAUUUGCUUCCAACGCUAUGUAUUCAGGAAACCAACAGUGAUAUAAUAGCAGGAGAAUUUCACACAACAGCUACUCUAUCGGAUUGCAAAAAAUUUUGGAAACUGAAUGGAGAGAAACUUUACGUACCGAAUGGUGAACAUGCAAAUCUUUAUGUUGUAUUCUCCUUGUGCUUGCAAAGCGGGGAUAUUUACAAAAGAGAUAAAACUUUAUCUGUAUUAUUAGUAGAAAAUUCAACCAGUGGCAUUAGCUGUGAGAAACCAGUAUCCACCUUAGGUCAAAGUAAUUUACAGCUGAACAAAGUUAUUUUUAAUGAUAUAAUCGUACCUAAACAUAAUCUAUUGGGCGAAAUUGGUUCAGGUAACUCAAUUUUAUUAGAACUUCUUAGCAAGGAGCAUUGUUAUCUAGGAGCACAAUCGGUUGCCCUGUUAAAGGGCUUUAUGAACCAUUUAACCAACCAUGUUAUUAGCAGACAACACAAUAAUAAGCCGUUCCAUGAAUUUCACUCAGUACAGGAAGUUAUAGGAAAGAUUUCAAGCUCAUUAUAUAGCCUUGAGAGCAUGACGUAUUUUACAACUGGAAUGAUGGAUACAUAUGAAAACCCUGAUUGUCUAGUUGAGAGCACCAUUGUUUGGUUGCAUUCUGCGAGAGAAUGCAUAAAUAACAUUUAUCAAGGUCUGGAGGUCAUUGGACCUCAAGCUUAUUUAAAAGAGUAUCCAUACGAGCGAUAUUUAAGGGAUGCAUUAGCAUUAUCGUUAAUGGAAACGCCAUUAGCCGACAACGAUACACUCAUUGCUUUGUUGGGAUUACAGCAUGCAGGAAAAGUAGUCCAUAGUGACGUCUUGAAAUUCAGGAAUCCCCUCAUGUAUCCCAAAUUUAUAAUGCAACGGUUUAUGUCUAAGUCGAAGGAAGUCAAUCUCCACUUAAACGAAUAUCUACAUCCAUCUUUGGAAUGGUGUGCUAUUCUCCUAGAAAAUACUAUAGACAAUCUUAAAAAGUCUGUUCAUACUGUGUUUAAUCGUCGUGGAAUAACAGUGGUAGAACAUCACAUGGAUCUUAAAAGAUUAUCAGAAAUAAUGUCGUGUGCAUUCUCACUGACAUGUGCUUUAUCGCGCGCCUCAAGAUCAUACUGCAUAGGCCUUAGGAAUGCAGACCAUGAAAUGGACAUGUGCAAGGUCAUUGCAUAUCAAUUCAAUGAAAGGAUAACAAGAAUUAAUCAAGACCUUAAUUCCGAUGAAAUACUAAAUGGUGAUAGAAUUUAUCAACAGGUUUCUAAAGGUGUAUUCAAGAAAAAGGAUCACGUUACCGAACAUCCUACUACUAGAAAUUAUUAAAUUUUUUCAGUUGGGUUUUUCUUCAUCAAUCUCUUGAUACAAUUUCUUAUACAUAUAGGUAGUAAACUAUGUAAGAGCAAUUGAGUUGAAAAUUUAUGCAAUAAAUGUAAUUUGUCUAUCAUUAUCCGAAAUAAAAAUUUCACAUUGCCAUUCACUAUACAGUAUUGCGUUUCAAUUGUUAUAUUAUAAAAUCAACUGGUUAGUUAAUGGAUAUGUAGAAACUAUGAAUAGGUUGAUGAACUUUAAAAUGGCUUUUAUUUGUUUACAGCUAGCUUGUACAUAAACAAAAUGCACGUACGAUCAUUAAAACAAAGAUAGAAAUCGAAAUGCAAUCUGUGUAAAAGAUGUAAACGUAAAAGGAUGAGUAUUUAUUAUUUAUCAUAAAUAAAUAAAAUGCUUUACCAUAA